AGCAAUACAAUGAAAUACAUGAUAAAUAAAUAUAGAGAAAAAAAACAGUAUUACAGUAAGUAUAUAGGUGAACAAGAACAGCUACUUUUCCUCAAACAUUUGGUUCUUGAAGCAGUUGGAAAACACCUUAAUCUCCACAACAUUUGACAUUUCAGUCUGAGACUCUCCAUUCGGUCUUUGCCCAAAAACACGACUGUUUACUCUUUCCCAUGGCUGCUGCCUGACCUGCCAGUUCCUGCUGCAUUUUGUGUGCGUUGCUUUGGAUUUCCAGCAUCUGCAGAUUUUCUCAUGUUUAUGGAUAAUUAUGCUUUGUUUUGUAAAUGCUGCUUAUAGGGUGCUUCGUGUCUGAGAUUACGCUGAAAGUAAGUUUUAAUUUGCAAACAUGUACUUGCACACAUGACAAUAAACUCAUCUUUGGACUUUGAACUUUAUGGCCAUAUUGUUCCCUAUUAUCCAGCCUAUCUUCUACUCACACCAACUCGUUGUUUCCAAUACCACAGGCCUAUAGUUUCUGCAAACACUUUCAUUUCAGCACUUUAUCACUUGGCUUCCAGAAAUCAAAGUUAUAGUCUUUCCCAUUCCCCUUUAUCCAAAACGCAUGUCACUUCUUUCAAGAACUUCAGUAAGUUGGUCAAACCCGAUUUCCUUUUGACUUUGCCCAAUUGCCUUCAAGCUUCCUUCAUAGGACGUCAUUAAAAAUAUCUUUGCCAUAUUAUCUGGCAUGUCGCUCCGUGGCUUUCUGUCAUCUAUUUGAAAUGAGGGGUUACUAUUAAUGAUAUCAAACAUAAUCGCUGUAAAUCUCCAUGUCUUGCGGAAGUGAUCAGUCACUGACAUGCACCCACUGUCACAGCCUCCAUGCUGACGUGAAGUUGUGGCUUCCUGAAUGUGCUCACAACGCCUACACACGUUCUCAGACGGGUCACAACCAACAACCGGCUGCAAGCAGAAGCCAGUCCUAUCGAACACGGCAGUUGCUGGAGAGAUAUGGCCUUCGGGUGGUUUCUCAUCUCCCUCGGGCUGACACUGUCCAUCUCAGAGCCUGGGACUGGGGAUUCCUCUACCACUGUGAACGGAGCUCUGGGACGCUCGGUCUCCUUACUUCCUGGGAUCCCAGUCGGAGAAGACAUUGCUCAGCUUGUGUGGAGACGGUUCUCACCCAGAGCGAAGAUUGUGUCAUAUUCAAACAAGAUCAGUGACUAUUACGGAUCUGAGGAGUACAAGCGACGGAUAACUCUUCAUCCCAGGAACUUCGGUCUGGAAAUCCGUGAUCUACAGAAAAGUGACUCUGAUGUUUAUGAGGUGUCUGUUACAGCAAGUACAGGAGCACAGACUCAGAACAAAAUGCGACUGGAGGUGUACGGUCCUGUGUCAGGUACAGUCAUCAUGGUUCAGUACAUCGCCAAGACUUGCAAUAUCACCUUGAUCUGCUCUGAAGAUUCAGGCAACUCCACCUUCAGGUGGUGGAGGGGAGGAGAAGUUGUGGGAACUGGCAGCCACUAUCACCUCCAGCGGCAUGGAGAGGCGAAAGGGGAUAAAGAAGUCCUGUAUGAGUGUGAGGCACGGAACCCCGUCAGUAACGAAAUGGCAGAGGUCUGGCUGGGAGACAUCUGUGGAAAGAACAAAUCUGAUGAGAUUCCCGUCGUGGAAGGUGCCCUCGGAGAAGUGGUUUUGUUAACUUCUGAGAUCCUAAAACUACCAAAAAUUACCAAUGUUGUGUGGAGAAUAUUAUCAGACUCAACCAAGAUAGCAGAAUGCAUGAAUGGGAAAUUGACAUAUCUCGAUACUAAAAAGUACAAGCAACGGAUUGGCUGUCAUCCAGCAGACUGUAGUUUAACAAUCCAUGAUCUACAGAAAGAGGACACUGACGUUUAUGAGGUGAUUGUUACAACAAGUUCAGGAACACGGACUAAGAGGAAAGUGCAACUGAAGGUAGCUGGCCAGUGGAGACCCAGCCUUUGGAAGAUCAAACGAAGGAGCCUGCAAGCAAUGCCUUGGAAUAGAACCCAGCUCACAGAUACCCCCUCCAUCGGGACAGCGAGCACCUCUCCAAACCCAAUCACUGGGAAAUGAGGGCCAGCCCCUCCUGGCCCCGCAAGCACAGAGGGUGUGUGUAGGGGGUGGUCCUCCCCUCUACUGGAACCCCUGCCUUUGUUCAACAAUUCCAAAUUGCCUUAUAUACUGUGGGUUUUGCAGUGACUGGUGGUAUCCCCACUCCCGGAUCUGGCAUCCACUCUACUGCACACAGACUUGUGUCCAUAACUUGUCUGUCUACCUCUCCCUCGUUUUCCUCCCUGCUGCUCAGAUCUAGCACUGCCCACCUUUCCUUCUGACUCUUAUCCUCAGAAUUUACAACUUUCUUGCCCUCUCUCAGUAUCCUCUCCUGUGUCCCCACCCAAAGCCCUGUGUCAACAUCAUUCCCCAGCAUCCCCACACAUCUCCAGGUAGUCCCCACACUCUGUCAUCACAGAAUGCUCUGUUCAUGUUCUCACAUUUUUUUCUCUUCCUCUAACACACCUGGGUAAAAUCAAUAAGUCCACAAGACAUUGGUGCAGAAUUGAGUCUUUCAGCCCAUCGAGUCAGCUCCAUUAUUUGAUCAAGUUCGGUCCAUUUCCCUCUCAAUUCCAUUCUUCUGCCUUCUCCACAUAAUCUUCCAUUAGCUUCCUCAGCCUUAAAUACACUCAAUGAUCUGGCCUCCAAAGCCACCAGUGGUAACAAAUUCCACAGAUGCAACACCCUCUGGCUAAAGAAAUUCCUCCUCAUCUCCUUUUCAAAUAGAUAUCUCUCUAUUCUGACAUUGUGACCUCUAGCCCUGUACUCUCCCACAAUCAGAAACAUCCUCUCCACAUCCAGUCUAUCUAGUACUUUCAACAUUCAAUAGGUUAGAAUGAGGUCCUCCCUCAUUCUUCUAAAUUUCAGUACUAGUCCACAGCUAUCGAAUGCUGUUCAUAUGAUAAGACUCUCAAGUCCAGAAACAUUUUCUGAACCUCCUCUGAACCCUCUCCAAUGUCAGCACAUCUUUUUAUAGAAAAGUGCCUCCAACUGUUGACGAUACUGGAAAUGAGGCAAACCAGCCUCAGCUUUACAUCCUUGUUUUUAUAUUCUAGUUCUCUUAAAAUCAAUGUUAACAUUGCAGAUGCCUUCCUCACCACAAACUUAAACUGCAAGUUAACCUUUAGAGAAUCCUGCACAAGGAAUCACAUGUCUCCAGGGUUUUGGCCUGAAACAUCAAUUGUACUCAUUUCCAUAGAUGAGUUGCUUGGAUCUCCAGCAUCUGCAGAGUUACUCUUGUUUGUGGUUGUAUUCCCUUUACACUUUGCAUUUAUGAAUUUUCUCCCCGUUUAGAAAAUAGUCUACCAUUUUAUUCAUCCUCCCAAAGUGCAUGACCAUUUAGUUCCCGACACGAUGUUCCAUCUGGCACUUCUUUGCCCGGUCUCCUCAUCUGUCCAUCUUUCUGCAGCCCCUCUGCCUCUGCAACACUAUCUGCCCCUCUAACUACCUUCAUAUCAUCCACAAACUUGCCCACAAAGCCAUCAGUUCCAUCAUCCAAAUCAUUGAUACGCAACGUGAAAAGAGUAAGUCCCAACAUCGCUACUUGUGGAACACAAUUUGCCAGCAGCAGCCAAUCAAAAAUGUUCACUGUAUUCCUACAUUUUGUCUCCUAAUUAUCCAAUGAUCUUCUAAUCCUAUGUCACCUCUUUCCAAGGAUAUGAUUUAUUUUUUAUCAACAGGGCCAUGCUUCACCCUCUGCCUACCUGCCUGUCAUUUCAAUACAAUGUGUAUCCAUGGAUGUUAAGCUCCUAACAAUAACUUUCUUUCAGUUAUGACUCAGUGAUGCCCACAACAUCAUACCUGUCAAUCUCUACCUGUGCUACAAGACCGUCUAUCUUAUUUUGCAUGCAGCGUGCAUUCAAAUAUAACACCUUCAGUUAGCUGUUUUCCCUUUGAUAAACUUGUCAUCCCCAGCUGAUCAAUCGCACUGAGCUUCACAAUGUACUGCGGCCCCCACACUGUAACUUCCUGUUCCUCAUCCCACAACCCCUCCCGGGACAUCCCUUCCAAUUCUCAUUGUCUGAUUAACCAUUGACAUCCUGAAGGACAGUCCCAGAGGUUGGAGCCGAGGGUGGAGCCUGGGCAAAACCCAGGAUGUCGGAUGUCGUGAACGAUCCUGUGAAGCCUCUCCCACAAUUCUGGGGCUGUGGACGGCCACACACCGCAAGUGGUUUAUUGUUAAUAUUGUGCACUCCCUGCCAACAUGAACCAGUGAAGUUUUCACCAGUGAAAUCACGCUCAGUCUUUCAGCCUAAGAGCCUGGUGAUCAGAUAUUGGGCAGAGGGCACAUUUUUUAUCUGUGCACUGUCAAAUUUAAUAGCUUGGCCAGCAUCUGUGGAGAGUUAAUGUUUCAGGUCACACACGUCUCUCUCCACAGGUGCUGCCUGACUUGCCUCAGGCUUCCAGCAGUUCCUGAUUUUCCUAGGGAUUUCCAACUUGUAUAAUUGCUUUAUAUUUACUAAUUGAGAUUGUCUAUAAUAAAUUCUUAUACAAUAUUUUCCCAGACCAUUCUGUUGUUGGAGUUUGUUGGGCUGCAGCAGGUUUACUCAGAUAUGGAUGGGUGCAGGGCCAGAGGGUGUUACAGAGAGAUGGAUGGGUGGAAGGCCUGUGGGGGUUUUUACAGAGAGAUGGAUAGGUAUCGGAGCCAAAAGGGGUUUCGCAGAGACGUGAUGGGUAUGACCGAGAGAUAAGAUGGGUACAGGGCCGGAGGGGAUUACAGGGAGAUGGAUGAGUGUAGGGGCAGAAAGAGGUUGAGGAGAAGAUUCCUCCAGUGUGUUGUGAGAGGUGGCAGAGAAACGGGAGAGUGUAGGGUCUGUAGGGGGUUACAGAGACAUGGAUAGUGUUACGAGAAUACACAUAAAAUUAAGAUGUUUGCUGGCCUGGGCUAGCAUCAGUGGCAUCAGCAGUUGGUCUGCCACCUGCCCUCAGGGGAAGGAGAGAUAAGGAACAAUGGAGCAGCGUCUGGAGAUGUGUAAUGAAGGGAUGUGGGAGGAAGAGCUGUCUGGAGCGGCUCCCCCCUUUGAACCCUGAACUGUUUGAAGUGAUGGACAGGCGAUACCCCAGCAGGGGGAUAAAAAGGGACAGGUUCGCUAAGACAGACACACACGCCACCCGAGGUAACGAGACCCUGGAAGCGGUGCGCCUCUCACGAGUGGUGAGAAGUACCGGACAACGCACAGGGUGGAAAGGUACGAUCAGCGGGAACCCGGUGUG